AUGCUGAUCAAUCAAUGCUUGCGCCUCCAGUUUCGCGCAAGAAUUGCUUCUUGUCGAGGCUCCCACUGCUCCCUCAUUUUUCCCACUCGAAGAACCUUCAGCAGUGAUGCAGCUGCAGGGCACGACGAUGCAAUUAGACCAGCUCCUACCGUGGCCAUCAUCGGCUCCGGUCCAGCAGGCUUCUACACCGCGCAAAAGUUGCUACGGGAAAUCCGAGGGACGAGGAUAGACAUGUACGAACAGCUUCCGGUACCUUUUGGGCUCGUCAGGUUCGGGGUCGCUCCAGAUCAUCCAGAGAACGUCCAAGACACCUUCCAAGCCAUCGCCGCGUCCCCUGACUUCACCUUCAUCGGAAACAUCAAUCUGGGCCACGACCUCCCCCUCCGACUUCUCGCCAGACACUACGACGCGAUAGUCUUCGCCUACGGGGCAUCGAAAGACCGCAGAAUUGGCCUGGAAGGGGAAGAUAAGCCUCACAUCUACUCGGCUCGCGCCUUUGUGGGCUGGUACAAUGGCCUGCCCGAGUACCGAACUUUGAACCCUGACUUGACGGCGGGGGACACAGCGGUGGUGGUUGGGCAAGGAAACGUGGCGUUGGACGUUGCCAGAACACUGCUGAGUAGAAUCGACGUGCUGAGAAAGACAGACAUCACAGAAUACGCAUUAGACGCGCUUUCCGCCAGCACGAUCAAGCAUGUCCACGUCGUGGGUCGACGGGGUCCGAUGCAGGCGGCAUUCACAAUCAAAGAAGUGCGGGAGCUUCUACACCUCGAAGACGUCAAUUUUCGCCCUAUACCAGAUCAUCUGUUCCCGCCGGACCUGUCCAAACUGCCCCGCCCGAAAAGACGACUAAUGGAACUUUUGCAAAAGGGAAGUCCGGUAAAGGAAAGCGCCACAAAGUCAUGGUCGCUGGAUUUCUUGCUCGCACCACACUCGCUCAAAUGGUCCGACUCAGACCCGGAGUCACUGGAAGGGGUGGUCUUCUCAAAGACUCGACUCGAAGAUCCCGCAGAUCCAGAGUCCAAAGUCAGCACGACGGACGAAACACAGCUGAUGCCCACAUCGACGCUGUUCCGCUCGAUAGGAUACAAGGCCGAAGCGAUCCCGGGCAUGGCAGAGUUGGGCGUCGACUUUGACGAGCGCAAGGGAACGAUUCGGCACGACGGGUUGGGAAGAGCAGUAGUCGUGCCUUUGGACCUCCAGAAGAAGGCCGACGGCGAGACAUCAUCGGGAUCAGGACAAGAACAAGGAGAAGAGGAAGGCGGAGGAGUGAGUAUUUACUGCUCCGGCUGGGUCAAGCGCGGCCCGACCGGCGUGAUCGCCAGCACCAUGACCGACGCGUUCCAGACCGCCGAAGCCAUUGUGGCGGACUGGAAGAGAAAGGCGGCCCAGAAUCGGACAAGACCGGAAGAGAAUCGAGACGGCUGGAAGGGCGUCCAGGCCGACGCCGUCUCGUCUGGGUUAUCCCUUAGACCGGUCCACUGGGACAGCUGGCAGAGAAUCGACCAGGUGGAGAAGAAGAUUGGCAUGCAGAGGGGCAAGCCGCGAGAGAAGUUUGGGAGCGUCAAAGAUAUGCUGGAGGUGAGCGGCAACUGA